AUGAACCGUCAGAUGGUGAGGUGCACGCAUGUUGGGCCGGAGGUAUUGGCACGGUUUUAGCACAUUAUAAUUCUCAAUUGUGCCUUUUCUUUGAUUUACUUAGUAAUUUUCAAACUACUGAUACGCUGUAUGGCGGUAACAAGGCUGAGCUGGAAACGGUUGGCUCGUAGAGUUUGAUGAAAACGAGGUCGGGAUCAGACUGCCGUUAGCCCCUCCUGGCGGAUUUUUUUUCUUCAUUCUUAUUUUUUUUUUUUAAUCUAAAGCCAAAAAACAAGGCAGAUAACGAUGUCGUUGACUGCUUCGUCUGACUAUUUCGCUGCCGAGUGUCUGGUGUCGAUAUCUAGCGGUCCUGUCCUGCAUAGACCCACCCCGGUCGCCCCCGCCAGCCAGCCGGCCACGGUGGGCCUGCUCCCUGGGGAGCCCGAAGGGUCUAGCGAGGACAGGGAAGUGCGGGAGACUCUGAGGCUGGAGGGGGCGAACAUGAUGGCGGUGGCCGGUAUCCUCACCGACCUGCACGGUAAGUUCCGCCCCAUGUCGGCCUACUCGGAGAGCAGCAACUCAUCAUGCGGUGGGGAGAGCGGCUACACCACGUUGUCCGACCCCACCACCCCUACCAUGACCCCCUCCGCCACCCCGGUCCCCGGACAGCAGCAGCAGCUGAGGGGGGGAGGAGGAGGAGGAGGCGUGGGGGCCCCGCGGUCCCCAGUGAAGCGACAUCAGUGCACUUUUGACGGAUGCGACAGGGUUUACGGGAAAUCGUCCCACCUGAAGGCACACAUCCGGACACACACAGGUGAGAGGCCCUUCCCAUGCACCUGGCCUGACUGUGAGAAGAAGUUUGCCCGCUCCGAUGAGCUCGCCCGCCACACCCGCACCCACACAGGAGAAAAACGCUUCCUGUGCCCACUGUGCGAUAAGCGCUUCAUGCGUAGCGACCACCUGAUCAAGCACGCCCGUCGUCAUCCUGACUUCCAGCCCUCCAUGCUGGGACGCAACAAGGGCACAUCCUCUGCUUCCAGCCCAGCUGUGCACCAUUAGGAUGGUUUUUGGUUGGGUGUUUCCUGUGGUCCGGUAUCAGCAGGAGCACAGAGAGUCUCGGUGGUUUCAAGUUAACCAGCUACAAUCAGAUCCACCGACUAGGAUUUAGCAUCGCUGUGUUCUACUCAAAAAUGUGCACACACAUGUACACAAGCGAACACACACAGAGCCGGAUGUGAGGGGGAAGUAGCCUCAUCUCUCUAUCCACACAGAUGGGUCAUGUGACCACUAUCCACCUCCUCAGCUUAACUAGGGUUGGGUGUCAAGAAUGUUCCAAAUCUAUAAGAACUGAAGAUUUGUUAAGAAAUUUGCUUUUUCGAUUCCACUUAUCGUUUCCUGAAAGCAAAGUUUGGACUUACCGCACUUCCAUUUGCAUUGCUGGUUACACGUGUAUCAAAGCACGUGUAUAAUGUUUACAAUACGGCAGGAUGGAGCUAGCUUUCAAAUGUGUAGCUAGGCUUCACAAAAGACAGUAAUGAUACAGUUAAAUGUAAUCAUUGCAUGAAAAAAAAUACAUGCAAGGGAGGAAAGUCAAUCCAAUAUGAUGACACGUUUCCAUGGUAUAAGGAUGCAGUGUGUUUCAAUAUCCUGUAAUGUGACAUAGUGAAAUUCAAUGGUGAAACCUUUUUAUAGAUCAAAUAUCCAGAUGGAAACUGGAAGUUUUUGGUUUAUCUUCUGAAUUAUAUGCUGGACGAAUCAAGGUACUUCAUCACAUUGAUGCAAAAAAAAAUUGUAAAACCAUAUAUGCCGCACGGCAUGUCGUGCUCAUUGAUUUGCAACAUUGCCUAAUACAAUGUUAUUAGGCUUUAAUGCCUCAGAAAGUAAAAACUAAUGUAAGACCAUUAAACUUUUGCAUGGCACAACAGAGAAUAUAUUUUUUCUUUAUUUUAACCAAGAAUAAAUCACAACAUAUCUUGUCUUUUAUGACAUGUUUAUGGCAGUCUAAACCUUAUGAAAAUAAAUGUGGAUUUUGCUUUCACUAUACUUUGGUUUUCUUUCUUAAGCAGGAUUCGAUAAGAAUCGGAAUCAUUAAGCAGAUUUCAGUCGAUAAACCCAACCCUAACUAUAACCUCAUUUUCUCAAACUGAAACACUUUCACAAAUUGCAGGGAUUUCUCAUAUUCAUCAUCAGCCAAAACUACUCUGUUUUCUCCUCUGUGGUUAAUUUGCUGUUUGUUGUUGUGCUCUUCAGUACCAUUUAUUUACCAUGAGUAGCACAGUAUUGUGAUGUU